AAUCGCUCCGCCGCCUGUUGGUCUUUCACAGUUGUCGACGGAGACUGUGGAAAUGGCCUCGAGCUUCCCCGUGUGUACGAAUUACCCGAGUAGAUAACGACGAUGAGUAUUUUAAUUCCGUUUAAUACAAGACAAACAGUUGUCUUCACCUAAAUCCCUGCGGAGUGAAAGACAAAACAGUACAACCAGCCGCUAAACCACAAACGACAUAACGCACAGCCUCGGAUUUUCCGCGGGGCUCUCAAGCUACUAUGGAGGAUAUCAACUCAAACAUCAACGCGGAUUUAGAGGUGCGGAAGCUACAGGACUUGGUAAAGAAACUCGAACAGCAAAAUGAACAGCUUCGGAGUAGAUCUACUCUCCUGUCUUCAUCUGGAGCGGUGUCAGCGAAUAACAGACCCCUCAGUGCGGGAUACGACUCGCCCCUGUCAGCUGGAACGGGGCUGGCCGGCUUUACCGGGGUGGGGUUCGGUGGAACCGGUGGCUAUGGUGGGAUUUUGGAAAAUUCCCGAUGUUUAAGCCCCAGAUUGUCUUACGAUGGCAUCAGUUUCAGAAAGGCAUACGAGGCCGAAGGGGCAUCGGCUGCCACCUCGUACCCCGGACUCAACUCAUUCUUCACUGACGCAGAGGACUUUAUGGAUGACGCGGGUGAAACUUCUAUUCUGGACGAGGUUGAAAUACUUGAUCUCGAGGACAUGGAUUGUUUGAACGAGGAAGAAGACAGCUGGCUGUACGAGGCCAAGGUGAGCAGCCCGCUGCAGAAGGCCCUGAGCCCCAUCGUGUGGUGUCGUCAGGCCCUGGACAACCCCAGCCCCGACAUGGAGUCAGCCAAACGCUCCCUGCGCCACCGCCUGGACCUCACCAUGACAGCUAACAAGCGUCGGAGCCUGUACGGCAGCCCCUACUCUGCCCCGGGGGGCUACGGAAGCCCGUACAGCCCAAACCCAGGCAGCAGCCCCUGCAGCAGCGGCUUCCCCUCGCCCUCCUCCACACCCUGCCGGGGGCCCGUCGUCAGGCAGACCCUGCUGUUCAGCAACGCAGGUCACCAGCGGGGGUCAGCAGAGAGGAACCCCCCGGCGCUGAGCCCGCAGAGCUCAGUGGACAGCGAGCUGAGCACGUCUGAGAUGGACGAGGACUCGGUGGGCUCUACCACCACGUACAAGCUCAACGACGUCACCGACGUGCAGAUCCUGGCGCGCAUGCAGGAGGAGAGCCUGCGUCAGGACUACGCCGCCACGGCGUCCAGGCGUAGCUCCGGCUCCUCCUGCCACUCCCUCCGGCGGAGCGCCUUCAGCGACCAGGAGCUGGACGCCCACAGCCUGGAGGACGAGGAAGAGGCCCACCCGGCCUUCCACCUGCCCUCCUCCUCCUCCGCCGCCCGCUUCUCCCCCUCCCCCCGCGCCUCCCCCCGCGCCUCCCCCCGCUCGCGCUCCCCCGCCCGCUCCCUGGACCACGGCCACGGCCGCGGCUCCCCGCAGCCGAUCAUCAGCCGGCUGCAGCAGCCGCGCCACUCCCUGCAGGGGCAUGGGGGAGACACGCAGACCAGCGUGGUGAAGAACGAAGAGAAGUUGAGGCGCAGCCUCCCUAACCUGACUCGGCCCAGCCCGGCCCAGCAGGAGUCCAACAACAGGAGCUGUGAGACCAGCCUACACAACGGAGGCUCCCCCCGACACCAGAACCAGUCUGCUAGCCAGCUCAGGUAUCACGCCCCCCCUCGCUCCUCCCCGAAAACCAAGCAGCAGCUACAGAGCCCAUCAGCACUACAAGUCUCCUGUUGCUUUGGAGAAGAAGGGGAUUUUAUGCCCUCCCCCAGCAAGCUGCGUAUCCCCGCCACGCCCUCCCCCCUGGCCCUGAGGCAGCCAGUCAAGGCUCCCUCCACGCCUGGCUCCGCCCCUGGCUCCGCCCCCGGCUCCGGGACUUCGACGCCCACACGGUCCCUGGCCCCGCCCCGCAGCGGCUUGCCCCGCCCCAGUGCCUCUACGGGGGGAGGAGGAGGAGGAAUCCCCCUGCCACGCAGCAAGCUGGCUCAGCCCGUACGCAGGUCUCUGCCGGCCCCCCGGACCUACAGUGGGGUGAGAGACGGCAACUGGAAGGAAGGCUGUUACUGAGCCCAGCAGA